AUGCGGUGCGAUGCGCCUAUGCCGCCGAACCGCGACAAAGUUCCUUGCUCCCUCUUUCUCUUUCUCUCUCUCUCUCUCUCUCUCUCUCCCAUGUAUGCUCUGUGGAUGGAGUACUUUGUAGUGUAA